AUGAGAAAUCGCAAGAGAUCGCGAUCUGUCGGGGAAGAGAACCGCGCUGAGUGUCCUUUCACGAUUUCUUACGCGACUGGCCCUUCGGCCGCUCAGCAGGAACGUCACAAAAACAAGAAGCGGAAGCGCGAUGGUCAAGAUGACGAUAAACGGGUUCAGAUUCAAAUCUCUCCCUUCUCCCCAACGGGCAGCUUCAAAACGCACGACACCAUGGACUUGUACUACACCGUCGAACCUGGAGAACGAUGGCAAGAUAUGACGCGCUAUAAUAGCUUCGUCUUCAGCGGUGUCAAAUAUUAUAGCGAAGGAUUCGUUCAUGUCGCUAACGAGGUAACCAUUGAACAACAAAAAGCUCAAGAUGCUGGCAAAGGUAUUUACAAGAAGAGUAUUGAUGACUGGAUCGCGCGCAUCCUCGAGAUCCGUGCUUCCGAUGAGCAUCACGUUUAUGCACGUGUCUAUUGGAUGUACUGGCCCGACGAACUUCCUGCUGGGACCGUUGACGGCAAGAAGACUGUUCAAGGCCGCCAGCCGUACCAUGGCGCUAACGAACUGAUUGCUUCCAACCACAUGGAUAUUAUCAAUGUUGUCAGUGUUACAGGACCCGCUACCGUCAACCAAUGGAUUGAGUCCGAUGACGAGGAGAUCAAAGACGCGCUUUAUUGGCGUCAAGCGUACGACUGCCGUAACCCGCAACUCAGGGCUGCCGUCAGAUCAGAUUAA